CACUGUUUUAAUUCACAGAAUACAAAAGACAUAUUCGUAUUGAAAACUUAGUCAAAAGUAUAGUAGUCCUGGGUUUUGUAAGUCUAUAAAAAUUGUACAAAUGUUUCUUGUGGCUAGGAGCUUUGCGUUAACCCAUUCCGGGACCCGGAGUCACUUUGGUUAUAACUAUGACAAGCAAGGAAGAGAUUGGAACGUGAAGGGUACUCGAAGGCAGUCCCCUAUUGCGCUGUGCACCUCUAAUAGCACCACGUGUAAUGUUCCCAAACUAAAGAUGAUUAACUAUGACAAACUCUUGGGGGAUCCCGUGACGGUGACCAACAAUGGGGUGACUGUGCUCAUGAGGAUCCCAAAGACUGUUGAGGGAAAGCAACCCGCUUUGAGCAUCAGCACUGAGGGCGGGCAUGUCUUUGAGGCCGAGCAAAUGCACUUCCAUUGGGGCUCAGAGCUGUGCAAAGGAUCCGAGCACCAUUUGGAUGGCCACUUCUACGAUGGGGAACUCCAUAUAGUUCACAAGAAUGCCAUCUACAAGAACAAUCAGGAAGCUGCUCUGCAUCGCAAUGGGUUUGCCGUUUUGGCUGUGCUCCUCAGGCACUCGGAGGCUCCACAAAAUGAGUCUCCGGCAAUGACAGACAUUUGCAAGCAGGUCGGAGAGAUUUCUUAUAUAAACGGUAUCCAACCCCUUCAGGGGAGGAUGGCCCUGGAAGACCUCUUUGUUAGUAUAGACCCCCACAGAUACUUGGCCUACCAAGGUUCCCUUACCACUCCGCCUUGUGCUGAGGCAGUCCUCUGGUUCGUUUUUCUUACUCCUGUCGAUGUGCCACAUGACUACUGGCGAAACUUCUGGCAGCUGAGGGAUUCCUAUGGCAAGCGUGUCCUUAAUACUUAUCGGGAUCUACAGGAAGAUUAUGAAAGACCCGUCUAUCUAAGUAAAGGCAAUGCAAGUGAAAUGUAAAAUGUAAAACCAUAUAAAUUGUGAUGUUAAAUGUG